UCCUCUUAGAAGCACAUUCAUAGAGCUAUACAGCAACAGCUUUCUCUGGCAGGAUAUGGCGAGGACACUGACUUAACUACCAGACUCUUUUUGGACCAGAUAUUUAAAAGCUAAAGGGAACUGUUACAUCUUAAUGGGGUGAUUUAUUUAUUUUUUAAUAUCUUACUGACUUUUUGGAUCUUUUUAGCUUUGAUGGUAUGGAGUCAGUGAGUAUAGCUUAGAGAUAAAGAGCGUUUUGAGUUGGAUUCUUUUUUAUAACCGCAGGAAAUGCCUACUGUUAGUAGGUAUAUGAGUUUCCGUUCAUCAAAGCGAUUUAAAGUCACCAGCAGCUACCCAGUAGAAAGCAGUGGUGGCGGGCUGCCAGCCAAAUUGAAGAAAAGCAGGAGCAGCUCCAGCAAUGGCAGCAUUAAGAAGGCGGAGAGCAGGAAAGCCUUGAGCUUAGAGGCAGCGGAGCUCGAGGUCCAGCAACAGCACAAAACCCUCACCAGACAAGAAGCCAUCAGGUCGCAGACUUUCGAUGUUGACAACAGAGUGUUUGAGAGGACGGAUGGCACUGGCUCGCAAAGUAGUUUUAUGAAGCACAACAAGACAUUCCACAAAUUGUUUCCAGACAUUCCAAAGGACGAAGACUUGAUACACGCAUACAUCUGUGCCCUGCAGAAGGAAGUGCCCUACCAUGGUAGACUGUACAUCACUGAGACAAACGCCUGUUUCUACUCCUCAGUUCUGCUCAGAGACACGAAGGUAAUUAUUCCAGUUUCCUGUAUCCAUAUAGUGAAAAAGCAGAACACAGCUUUGCUGGUACCCAACGCUUUGUCCAUUCGCACGACAGACGGAGACAAGUACCUGUUCGUGUCCCUGCGGAACAGAGAGUCAUGUUAUCAGCUGCUGCGUUCAGUGUCUCCGCAGAUAGAGGAUGGCAGCACAAAUAGCAGUCCUGUCUUCUCCUCAGCGGAGAACAGCUUCGACAAGAGCAAACUUGUGCAGAACUCCAGCCAGUCGAGUCUAGAUGACAGCUUCGACCAAUUCGAUGGCUCUGAGUCUCAAUCUUUACGGGACCAGAUUCUGCACAGACCCCUCAGAGAAGCAGUGCCUAAUGGCCAUGUCCCACCUUUCAGGAGCCUUCACAUGCAGCAGAGUGAUAGCUCAUCCUCAGAAGAACUGUCCAUUUCAGGUGGAUCGUGGGUUUGGAGCGUGACGGAAAAGGCCAAGUCCCUGCUGGUUCAGAGAGAGGCCAGCACCCUCAACACUCUACUCUUUAUAUACUUGAUCUUGGUUGUGCUGCUGCUCUUGUCUUCUGGCUACAUUGGUUUACGUAUCGUGGCCCUGGAGGAACAGCUAACAUCCCUAGGGGCCCUGACUGAGUUCACCUUACAAAGCGGGUAUCAAGACACAUAACACUCAGUGACUGAAGGAGAGAUUGGUUGACUGAUGACUGGAGGAUUUUUUUCAACCUCUUCCAGCAGCAGGAGAAAGAUUUAAUGAACUUUAAGAGUGUGCUCCUUACAUGGCCUGUGCUGUUGGCGAGAGUGAAAAAAGGCCGACUUGUGCAAUAUCAGAGACAACUUGUGAACUUGAAGGGCUAUACCUCCUCAUAUUGCAGUAGACAAACGGACAUGCCGCGAUUUAAGUCCAACGGAGCCGAGCCAAAAUUGAAAACACACUGCCUGGUUGCAGCGUGUCUGUCGUUGAAACCAAAGCCGAGCGGCUCUCGGCAAUGUGCCACGCUAGCCAAGCUACGUUAUCUGUCGUCCUUCAUACAGACACGUCUACCUGAGCAUGGGUCUGAACAGGGCUAUACCAAUCAGCAUUAGCCUGCUCUAGUGCUUAUUAUUGCACCUCCACACCUGAGACGUAGUGCUAUGCAUAACCAAAGAGGCACACCGUGCACGUCUUCUGCAUGUGUGCACAGAGAUGAUUUUGAUACUUCUCUUAUUUACCCUUUCAUCUAUCCAUGGAAUAUUCAAAUCUGUCUCUGCCGGGUUUAUCUCUCCAAAGGGUUCUUAUCUUAUCAGCUGUGGUUUGAAAUGAUGAUAUCCGAAGCCUCAAAAUCAGAUCAGUCCAUGGAGGCGCGAGACUCUCCUGAUGGGCAUAUCCUUUCUCUCUUUCUCCUAUCUAGAACGAUCGCAGUAUUACUUUCCUGGUCUUUGGCAUGAUUUAAAGCAGUUUAUUGAUCAAUGCUCAGUUAAUUUUUCCCUGCAGCCCCAGCUGUGGAUGAAUGCAUCAUCAAUGCACACAUAUUUAAAACGAAAGGACACAAAGAGGUUGUCUCCAAGGCAACAAUGUGUUUUUGUGUACGACUUUUUUAUGACUCUCGUCUUUAAGAGUACAUUUCAAAUGUGUCUUUAUCUAUGAUAGGCCUCUUGAACACCCAAGUGGCGUUUAUAGAAUUUUCAGGUUCAUUUAAAGUAGCAUUGAUAAUGUAUUUUUAAUGCUUAUGCCUGUGUCUGCAAUAUCGACACUCAACUGAUACUGUAUAUGCAUUCUCCUGCUUGUCAACGGAAGGGGAGAAUUGCAAACCACACUCCCAAGGUCCAAGUUUUCAGCCGCGAAACGAGUGGUCCCAAGAAGAAAUUUCAAUAUGCAACACAUUAUUAUGCAUGGCAAAAUGUCAUUUAUCUUUUGUGUGGCGUUUUUAAAUGCAGUUUGAUGUUUGUGGGGAAGAAAUUGUGUUGGACAAAGAAAUCAAAAAAGAUUUGAGUGAAAGAAACUGCUCAAUCGAAUGAGCGCACUUUAAAAAAGAAACGUAUUGUGCCUGUCACAAUCAGACAUUGUGUCUCGGUUUGAGAAGAAAUGGCAAAGCUGGUGUCUGUGGUAUCUGAUGGUGCUAAGACGGUGCUUUAAUUGUUUUUCACUCAGGGGUGGUGGGCACUACCUGCCACAUGGUUUUAGAUCAUCGUCGUCUUGUCUUUUUGUCAUUACAAUGUCUAGUGGUUGUGAUGGGGUUCAUAUUUUGUACAUCUUGGCUUUGGUGUUUUCACAAAUGUCCCUUUUUAAGAAAGAAUACUUCAUUGAGAUGGACUUGACUCUACUAAUUGAGUGAUUCAACUGUUUUCAGAUACUCAGAUUGCUCCCCCCCCAUAUGAACUUUUAAAACAAACCAUACAAUGCAUAUCCACCCUCCAUCUCAAUGGUUUAACACCACUGUUGUUGUGGAAGCUGUUCUUACCAAGUGUUAUAAGUUGUUUUACUCUUACCUGUGUAAACAGUUAUAUUCCUAUGUUCAGCUAAGGUGAAAGUCAACAUGUGAUAAACAGUACUGUCAUUUCCUAUAACGCCUCCACCAGGGGGCAGCACACACAUCCACUGUCCUUGAAUGGACUCAAUGCAAGAAUCCGAAUAAAGGCAGUAUUUGAGUGGUUUUGCACUAUUCAAAGUGUUGUAAAUAAUUUUGUAUCAAAUGUUAAUGUCCUUAAUUCUACUAUGGUCCUCUAUAUAUUUAUUUGCAUUCUGUGUAAUUCAAAGUAGUCUCUGUGAGAUGGCUUUGCUAUUUGUUCAAAAUAAAUCAAAUGUUGCGAAGUAAA